CACCCUACUUCAGCAGUUGUAAUUCUAUUUCGACUUCGUCCAAGCAAUGGAUUGCCACAUUGCCAUGCACCACCUCUCCCCAUGGAAGCAAGUACGAGAGUGUUGGAAAGUAAUAGGAAAAGGAAACAAAGUAGACACGCGUCGAAACGAUUGCCGUGGAAGGGGCUUCAGUACGACGGUAGGAGAGGCAAUCAAGAAUAAGCAGAAGCAGUUACUGAAAGGUAUUCCUUGGGCUUCUAGCCAGCAUCCACCAACCACAAGCACCACACGUUGCAGUAGAGGGAAAUCAUAGUCGUGUCAUGAUUGACAUCAACUGCGAGAAAACUCAUCACACUACUACUAGCAACCCAAAGUUCGGAUAGUCUCCUCAUCCUCAGUCCAGUGUGAACAGAUAUAUCUAGCUAGAAUGGCGGACUCUGCUGCGCCUGCCGCCAAGCGUCAAAGGACGGGAGAUGACGAUGGUGGUGAUACCGUUGGCCGCCUCGUCUUCCAGCGUCGGUGGGAAGGUGCUAUCGAGCGGGUUAAGAAGUUCCCAGAAGAAGCCAACCCCACCACAGACCCGACCCCGUUAGCCCUGGCUUGUCGGCUCGGUGCCCCGGCCAAGUGUGUCAAGGCGAUUCUGAAUGCUUGCCCGGAUAAACUUCGUCACUUUGUCGACUCACGAGGCACUCCACUCCAUGAAGCCAUUGUAUGUGAACAUGUCGGUGCAGAUGUAAUUGGUACCUUGUUGGAAGCCGACGAAGCCCUGGGGACAAAGACGGUCAGGGCUGCCUUACUACAAGACAUUGAUGGAUUCACACCUCUUCAUAUACUCAUUCGAAGGAGGUUCCAGUCGCACAUUCUUACAGACGAUGGUCUCAUUCAGAUACUUGAAAUGCUCGUCAAGAGCUGUGCCAAAGCAGUUGUGGUCCCUGACCGAGGAGAGUACGAGGAACCGCCCAUUGUCUAUGCUCUCAAGGCAAAUCUAUACGCUCCCCUAUUGGGAUCUGAAGACGCUACCACGGCACGGGUGGAAAGGAGAAUCUACGAAAUGGUGGCAUGCAUGCUUCAACAUUAUCCAGAUGCCGCAUGCUGUGUGUUUGCAGGCUACAGAGGACAGUAUACAGCAAUUCACUCUGCCGUCUUUCACGGACGAUCCCCACAUACGUUGGAGCUUCUCUUGAACGCAGAAUCUAGAACUCACACAUCUUCCAAGGCGUGCAUGUUAGGCAAUACACAAGGAGAAAUGCCUCUGCACUUUUGUACCAUGCGUGGUGAGCCGCCCCAGUCUGUCGCUCUCUUGGCAAAGGCGGCACCUUGUGUUGUAAAGACACGAGAUGAUAGUGGCAUGAUGCCGACGCAUUGGCUUUGGGUGAGGUUCGUGUCGUCUUUAGUGGCACUAGAAGGCGGGCGACGAGGUAGUGAUGAUACCGUCACACUGGAUAUUCCUCGCCAAACCCAAUAUCCAAGUACUUCAGUCUACACUGACUUUACUUCCUUUGAACAAGGAGACUUGGAAACAGACCUCUUGGUCAUUCGUCGACUAGAUCCGUCGGUCGACUUUCUCCGGAUGCGGCACAUCCCCCUCGAUGUCUUGGGUGAAGAAGACUCGUUGAGAUGGGCUACCCGGACAGUGGAAAUAUUACAGCAUGUGCGUCUGAGGCAUGCUCAAAUCGCUUCAAGAGGGGAGCAAGCUGGGACACAGGUUGUGUGGACCCGUCGAGAGGCGGUGGCCAGUCUCUUUUGGACGAAACUCGUUUCCUUGUUGGAAGCAUCACGUCAAGUUGGAGAGAACCAACCUAGUGGAGAACACGUGUUGGCCCACACGGCAUUUGCCAGUCCAUGUUGUCUUCCAGCAGUGGCCCGCAUUGUAGCCUCUCUCUUUUCACAAGAAAUGGAUCUGCGAGACGACCACGGGCGAUUGCCACUGCACUAUGCCGCUGCACGCAAGUGGCACGACCUUGAUUGGCCUCCAGAAGGUUCGCCCGAAAGUGAUGCAAGAAGGCCAGCUCGGCUCUUCCGCAUGGAAACCCUUACAAGCUUACGCACUGCCAUGGAACUAUCCAGCGACACUGCUGCGUCUAUUGUAGACACGCAUGGGCGAUUGCCGCUGCAUUACAUGGUGGAAGCAUACGUCAAGGCGGCGAACAGGCGUGCUUGGGAUCAACCUGUACAAGCAAUGUUAGACCUCAUCAAGGUCAUGGUCCAGCUUUUCCCAGACGCUCUCCAUCGGAGCGACAGUGCCACACAGCUCGUCCCGUGGCUGCAAGCUACGGCUACCGCAACUGAGUGUGCACAGACUACGAACUCUUUCAACCCUGAGAUCCACUUGUCGAUUCCUUUCGUCCUCCUCAGAGAGAAUCCUACCUUGCUCUUGUCGGCUGUUGGAAAGCCACAAGUGCAAAAUGGAUGACGUGAACGAGAAAGAAGUAUGUUGGGUUGAUUCGAUUCGAGCGAUUCAUCUGCAGAGAUGUCUCGAGGACGAAGGCGUCAGCGAAGGAUUAGAUGCAAUGUCGGCAAGCCAAUGAGCACAUCACAGCCGCAACUCUGACCUCCUUUCUCCUGUUUCGUUUUACAUACCGUUCGUGUAAAUGAGGUGUUUUACCAGCAAAGCAACCUACGAAAGGGGACCCCGAACAAGCAGCUAGAUCAACAACGCACAAUAAUUUAAAGACAAACAGCUGCUAUACUAUUAGUGACCGUGUCUAUUCUAAGCUCCAUUCAAUCGAGUUCGCCUGAAA